AUGACUGCACGUCGACCCCCUCCAGCCUACGAUGCCCCGACGGACUCCCCAGUUCAUGCCGACAAGGUAUUUUAUACUCGCAUAGCCGAAACCGCAAAUGUGUGUGGCGAGCGUAAUCUUGACUACGCUGUAACUAUUCGACCCCGCGCUGGACAUGCCUGGGUUGUUCGCGCUGGACAGGUUUGCAGGAUCACCACCCCAGAAGGACCUCAAGUGGGCGAUCUGAAUAUCUGGAACCUACACAAUCCCCGCGAAAGAUUUUGGGCAGCGCGGUCUCGUCAGAUUCAUCAAAGCCAUGUCUCUGUAUUCGACCGUCUAUGGUCCUGCCUACCAUACAUGCGACCCCUUCUUACCAUCACCAAUGACUCGUUGGCAAACUAUGGGGUGGAUCAAUUUGGCGGUAGAAUACAUGAUCUCUUGGGUACUCGCUGUGAUCCGUACGUAAACUUACUGAUGGGUGGCAAGAGCGAUGAUUUCCAUUGUCAUUCGAAUCUCACCCGGGCGGUUGCGCCUUAUGGACUCACGGAAUUCGAUGUCCACGACGUUAUCAACUUGUUCCAGGUCACGGGCUUAGAUGAGAAAGGGAGAUACUUUAUGGGCACAUCCCCCGCUGAGAAAGGAGAUUUUUUAGAGUUCUUCGCGGAGGUUGAUCUGCUGUGUGCCCUUUCUACAUGUCCUGGCGGCGAUUUGUCGAAUUGGGGCUGGGAUGGUAGUGGUGAGAUGCGAGAUACCACCCGACCACUGGGUGUAGAGGUCUAUACCCUGACUGAUCCAAAUAUUCUGAAAGGGUGGAGCUCGCCCGAACCGUCUAAAUACAAGGGGAUGCAUGGUAUGACUGUACCUGCUCGAGCUUCGGACCCAGUCGUAGUAGGAUUAUAA